AUGGCGAGCGAUCGGUUCAACAUCAGCAGCCAGUUGGAGCACAUGCAGGCGAGAUACGUGGGCACGGGACAUGCUGACACCACCAAGUACGAGUGGGCGGUGAACAUCCACAGGGACAGCUACGCCUCCUACGUGGGCCAUCACCCGCUGCUGGCCUUCUUUGCCGUGGCGGAGAAUGAGAGCAUCGGCCGCGAGCGAUACAACUUCAUGCAGCGCAUGCUGCUGCCAUGUGGGCUGCCGCCAGACCGUGACGAGGAGUGA